AUGUCUCAUUUUUCCCAUGGAUGUGACGCAUCUAUACUUCUUGACGAUACUAGCACUCUUAAGGGGGAGAAAAAUGCUUUGCCCAACAAAGAUUCAGUCAGAGGCUAUGAAGUGAUUGACAAAAUCAAGUUAGCACUGGAGGAAGCUUGCCCAUGCACUGUUUCCUGUACUGACAUACUCACUCUUGCUGCAACCUCAGCUGUUUAUUUUAGCGGAGGGCCAUAUUGGCCUGUAGCACUGGGUCGCCGAGAUUGCACAACAGCAAGUGAAGAUGCAGCUAAUGACGACUUGCCAUCACCUUUUGAGCCCUUGGAAAACAUGAUAAACAUCACUGCAAAGUUUGCAGCAAAAGGCCUUGAUUUAAGGGAUGUUGUUGUCCUCUCAGUUGCACACACCAUAGGCUUUGCUCAGUGCUUCACAUUCAAGACAAGACUGUUCAACUUUAGUGACUCGGGCAAGCCUGACCCGCUAUUAGACACAUCACUUCUAACAAAACUACAAAACGUGUGCCCAAAUCAAGCUGAUUCUGAUACCAAAUUAGCUCCUCUUGAUCCUGUCACUUCCAACAGGUUUGAUAACGUUCACUUCAAAAGACUGGUGAACAAAUCUGGGCCUCUACAGUCAGACGAGGUCCUUAUGGGGGACAGUACAACUGCUUCAAUGGUCAUCAGCUAUAGCAGAUUUCCAAAUCUGUUCAACAAGGACUUUGGAGCAUCAAUGGUGAAGAUGGCAAAUAUAGGUGUGCUUACUGGACAAAAUGGACAAAUUAGGAAGAAUUGUAGGGUGGUGAAUUAGAA